AUGUUUGGGUUAUGGUAUGAAGUAAUUAUUGGAAAACUCAUCACAAUGGCAUACCAGUUGACUAUUAUUGUUCCUAAUGUGAAAGUGAACAAAUUCUAUGCGUUGUGGGCAAACGAUCCAGAUGAGAUGCUGGCAGUAGACUCGUUAGUCGGAUUGGAACUUUUAAUUUUGGCUGGAUUCAUCCAAUCGCAUUACCUGUUUUCUAUAAUAUUUGGAGCGAUUGCUCAUUGUAUAGAGAGAACAAUUGCUUCCUUGUUAAUCGACAACUAUGAAACGAAUACGCAACUCUACAUCCCGAUAUCGUUGACACUGUUCACGCAGUUUAUGGCGAUUUCGAUUUCAUAUGCAGUGCUAUUCGAUAAAUUAGGAAUAGUUAUAUUGAAUAUAUUGUGGAUUUCUACAUGUGUGAUUUCAAUAGUUCUAUUCUUCUGGUUGAAACACACCAACGAGAAAUGGCUUCAAGAAAUGGAGAGCCCACGACGGAAACGCUCUUUCACAGUUUCUCAGCGAUUUCAGGUCAAAGAGAAUAUUCGAGCGUUGAAACUCGGUAAACGAUUGGUGUUUUGUGUUCUCGGUACAAUGGUAGUGUCCGGAACCGGCAUCAUACUGGUGAUUCAAGAAUGGAUCCCUCAAUUCCUGUGUCAUUUUGUGGAGAAUUGCGUGUUUUUGAAUCCAUUAUGGAUCUGUCCAGUGUUCAUGUACAGCUUACCUGCCUGGAAGGAACAGUUCAAGAAAGCAUUUCCUAGCUUAGCCUGGAUAAAAAGAGAACGAAAGUUGGGAGUUGUGAAUGUGGAGCCGGUGGAAGAUGUGAAGAAGAAGAGGAUUUCAAUGGAAACUGAUGUUCAUUUUAUACAAUUGAAUGAAUUUUGGACAUGA